UUGUGGCGCGCAGGCACGGCGACGGGGCGCAAGGGCAGCAUGUGGGCGGCGGUGCCCCUGGCGGCGGGGGCGGCGGGGGCGCUGGGCGACGCUGACGACGAAGUACCGCUAGGCCCCGGGCAGCUGCCACCGCGCAACGCUUCGCUACCGCCUCUGCAUGCCGAGAUCAACAUCAGCAUCAUCAUGAUCAAGGGCCAGCUCGAGCUUGAGGUAUCUCAUGCCCGCCGAGUGUACGGCGUCAACGGCGAAGUGCCUGAUUCAUACGUGAAGUGCUACCUGCGCGACGGAGACAAAUGGCUACACAAGCGCAAAACUCGUGUCAUUCGUCGCACCACGGAGCCGCACUUCAAACAGACGUUGAAAUAUCAGGCUAGCGACGCACUAGGCCGUACACUUAUGGUGAUGCUGUGGCAGCGAUGCGGUGGCUUCGAGCACAAUCUUGCGCUGGGCGGCGCUGAGAUCUGCCUCGACAAACUAACCCUCCCGCAGCGCACCUACGGCUGGUACCCGCUGUUCCCGGCCACGUCGUUCGUCGCCGACGAAUCGCCCGACUGA